AUAAAGCGCGCAAUCUUGAUAAUAGCACGGUAAACAUUUCCGAACGCUCUGCUGCUCCAUAAUGCACCUGCUAGCUGCUGACAAAGUGUUCUGCCUGCUCGUAGUCACAGCGGUGCAGCAGUUGCUGGUGCAUUCACAAUGCACCGUGAAUCUGCAGGAAGAGUUGGGCCCACUGGAGCCGCUAUUCAUCAAGGACAAUCAGCUGUGGGCGCCGGAAGGACCUGAGUUGAGCUGGGAAGCCGGGGAGUCCACUUUGGUGGCUUGUUCUAAGGUCAAGCUGAACAACAAUGACAAACACACCUCUUCGUUGACCUGCGUUUCCGGUCAGGAGUUUCUAGUGGACGAUGAACCAGUGCUUGCGUUGGAUGUCCAAUGCUCUGGACGUAUGACCGGAGAUGCGCUGGAAACGGAGGAGAGCUGUGGUGUUAAAGGAACGUUGCUCAAGCUGGGUUUCGACGUUGAGGGCGUGGGAUUUCUGACGUACAUUGAGUCGUGUUAUGAUCGACCAGAAGCAUCGGUGAUCUACACCAAACACGUGAUUCCGGGUGCUGCUAUUGAACGUGAGUGUUGUGCUGCAUUUGUCAGUCGUGUGGUCUAUAUGGCAGAUGCAAUCAAGGAACAGUAUCGUCCGAGCUUCAAAGUGGCUGGAGCUGCAGCACACGUGAGUCCAGCGACUUCCUACACUCAAGAGGCUCAACUGCAACGACUCAGCGAAUUGCUGGGCUCGGAGGACCAAGCCAAGAAGUUCAUCCAAGGCGGAUCGCAUUACCUAGCUCGUGGCCACCUUGCCCCGGAUGCCGAUGGAAUCUACCGGUCCUGGCAGUGGGCGACCUUUUUUUACGUAAAUGUUGCACCUCAGUGGCAGAUUGUCAACGCCGGAAACUGGCUUGUGGUGGAGAAUCUGGCACGUGCCAAGGCAGCCCAGCUCGGGCAAGAUGUGAUUGUCUAUGACGGAGUGCACGACAUUCUUCGGCUGCCGCACGUUGAUGGCACGCCGGUGCCGAUAACGCUCGAAGCUGGCGGAAUCCGCGCACCCAAGUGGUACUGGAAGAUAAUUGUAUCGUCGUCGUCGCAGGCAGGAAUUGCUUUCGUUACCAACAACGAUCCGUUCCGGACGGAGAUGCCUGCCGAGGAGUUGCUCUGCGACGAUGUCUGCGAGCGGUACGGUUGGGCUGGGAGUAGUUUUGGGCAUUUCGAACGAGGUUAUACCUAUUGCUGCACGGUGGAAAGUUUGCAGGCUGCGAUUGAAGAUAUUCCGAGGGAUUUGAAGGUGGAAAGUGUGCUGGAGAAGUACUUUAUCUUGAACAAUAAAUUGGUGCUGUUCCUGAGCGUGGCGCUGUUCGCGUUCGUAAUAUCGACCAUUUCGCUGGCCAGUUCAAACAGCAGCAAAAAGACAGCCAUCGAGCAGUGCGAGGCGAGCAUUUGGGAAGCCACCGAGUUACCUCGCUGUUCAGUGGCAGUAUCCGCACUCCCAACGAAUGAUCCUGUUUAUCUCAAAGUCAACGGCACAGCGUUGAGUCUGUGGAAUUUCGACGGACCUGCGCUGGAGUGGGACAAGGACGCCGGAGAAACGGCUCUUCUGUGCUCUGGGACGGGCAAUGUUCUGGAAAAGUCAACUAAGCAGCUGACGAAGAAAACGUGCUCCAAGGGCACCGUUUUCAUGGUCGAGGGCGCGGAAGCGGAAGCUAAAGAUCUUAAGUGCAAGGAAGCGGUUGUUGGGGAUAUCUUGGCUACGACCGAGCUCUGUGGAAAUCAACGCGGAUAUCUGUACAGAUUAGGAUUCAAUGCUGAUACGAACGGCUUCAUUACGUACAUUGAAUCCUGCAUGAACAGUUUGACAUUUUCAGUGCUCUACACGAAGCAUGUUCUGCCAGGAACUGCAAUCAAGAGUGCCGUUACGGAUACCACUGGAACGUGGCGGAAGAGUACCCUGUUCACUGAAACGGUCAAUCCAGACACGCUGUACGGUCAGGCACAGCAACUUGCACGAAUGACGGAACUGUUGGGUACAGCAGAUCAUGCCAAAAAGUAUAUUACUGACACUCAGUACCUGGUCAAGGGACACGUGACACCAAUUAGGGAUGGAAUUUUUCACACCUGGCAACACGCAGGUUUCUACUACGAAAAUGCUGUGCCACAGUGGAAGGACGUCAACGAGGGCAACUGGAAGCGUGUCGAGGAGCUUACCCGAGAUAUUGCGGCGCAUUUGAAUGAAGAUCUGAUUGUUCUGCAAGGCACACGUGGUGUUCUGGAGCUGCCACAUGCCACCGGAUCAGUGAUGACGCCGGUUACGUUGGUUACUGCUGGCAUUGAGGUUCCACUGUGGAGUUGGAAAGUGCUCAAGUCUGAGAAGUUGAACGCUGGAAUUGCGUUCGUCACGUUGAACAAUCCGUAUGAAACCAAAUUGGAGCAGCUCCUUUGUGAAAACAUCUGCCAGCAAACAGGUUGGUCCGAUAGUCAGUUUACGGAGUACAAGAAAGGUUUCACGUACUGUUGUGAUCCAAACAUGCUGCCAUUGAUAAGAUUGGAUUCCUUGUUCGUCUGGGCCUUCAUAAUGUCCAGUUUUGCGAGGGACCUCCCCAUUAACCGAGAUUUCUUCGCAAUGGGUACACUAAGAGUUUUUGGAGUUCUGCUAGCAGCAGCAGUCGUCAGUGCCCAGCGCUGUUCCGUAGUAAUCCGCACCGAUAUUCCAGCGCGAGAUCCAGUGUACUUGAACUUUAAAGAUGGGGUACCCCAUCUCUGGGCGCCAAAUGGUCCUGCGUUGAUGUGGAACUCAACCCAGGAGGAAACGGCACUGUUGUGUUCUGGAAGCAACAACGUUCUGGUCGCGUCUAAUUUAGCAACUAGUCAUAAAUCUUGUGUGGAUGGAACUACAUUUAACGUGGAAGGAGUCGAGGUAGCUGCUCAGGAGUUGCAGUGUCGCAACCAGAUUACGGGAGAUACCAUCAAUACCGGUCAGUCAUGUGGAGGUCGUGGAACGCUGCUGUACCUCGGGUUCAACUCGCAGAUUUAUGGAUUCAUUCCGUACAUCCACACGUGUUUCGAUAUGGUACGAGCUGCCCUACUGUGGACACGACACAUUCUACCCGGAGCUGCUGUACGAGGAUCUAUGGUUGAAUCUUCUCGACCUGCGUGGAAAGUUGCUGGAAUGCCUUCGCACGUAAGACCCGCUACUUCCUACACCCAGGCAUCUCAGUUGGAACGUUUAACUCAUUUGCUGGGUUCGGCCGAGCAAGCUGCCAGGUUUGUGUUCCCCAACUCGUUCAUGGCCCGUGGUCACAUGUCCCCCGAUGCCGACGGUAUCUACCGGAGUUGGCAGUUUACAACGUACUUCUUCACCAAUGCUGUUCCCAAGUGGCAAGUGGUCAACAACGGAAAUUGGGCCCGCGUUGAACGACUCACCCGAGACACUGCCGCCAGUCUUCACGAAGAUCUGGUAAUUAUCCAGGGAACUGACGGAAUUCUAACCCUUCCUCACGAAGACGGGCGCCAAAUUCAAAUCUCCCUAGAAGACGGAGGACUGGAAGCGCCUCGCUGGCUGUGGAAGAUAAUCAAAUCUCCAAAGCUGAACGCCGGAAUUGCGUUUGUCACAUCCAACAAUCCGUUCGAAACGGCCAUCGAACCGUGGGAUUUCAUCUGUACGGAUGUCUGUGCCGAAACGGGCUGGACUGAUGAAAAUUAUGCAAACUACGCCCGCGGGUACACGUACUGUUGUGAUCCAAACGAGUUGAUUGCCAAUGUUGCAACAGCCACCCAGGAAGGGCUCGUUGGACGACUGCUGCUGCCCAGCAUGGUUUAGGAAUAGAAUUUGCCAUCGUUUUCAUGAAUACAUAUCGUGUGU